AUGUCCGUUGCUGUUUCAGGAAGUUCUCCUCAGAUUAAAUACGAAGGUGUGGUUGGAGGAAAUGUGACCUUUUAUUGUCCUGUUAAGCAUCCAGAGAAGCUGCAGUUUUUGUAUUUACAAAAGGGAAACGAUUUUGUCAAUGGAUACUACCACACGAGAGAUGUACCAUCCCCAUGGUCAAACACAAAGAUGGAUCACAGCAACACAGCGAUCCGCAUGUAUGGACUAAACCUUUCACACACCGGAGAAUAUGACUGCCUUUACAUGUACAAUGAUAACACUGCAGAGCACAUGUCAGUGAAGCUACACCUCUCGAUCACAGCCACAUUCAGUAAACCUAAGAUCACAAAGAGAUGCAAAGAUGAUGAUGUCCCAGUGGGUUGUUACGUGACAUGUACCUCUCAUAGUGGGUACCCAAGCCAAAAGAUUACUUGGCAGACUGAACAUGGCCACAGUCAGAUGUGGAAAGAACUGAACAACAGUGAAGUACUGUCUAAUCCAACUACGAAGAUGAUAAACGUGUCCAGCACUGGAUACAUGAACUGCUCCAGUGGUGAAAUGAUGGUCACUUGUUCUGUGGGAAACAUCUCCUCAGUCAAGAUCUCAGUCUGUGAGUAA